GAAGUGCCGCAGUUCGGAGGGGUCCUGCGUGAGAAGCGGUCGUCUCUGUCGCUCUCGGGUGGGGACGUUUAGCUGCAGCCUGAUCUGAUAAUCACGGACUAACUCGCCUUCUUAUUUAAUUCUUUCAGAUAACCUUCGUGGGGCAGCAAGAUCACCUGUUAGAAGAAGAUGCCGCUGCGCCUGUUCUUCAUACUGAUCCUCCACUUCACCCGAAGCUGCGCCCAGGACCCUGUAGAAGGACUUCGGACUCCUGAACUCCGUGCACCCGGGGUCUCGGCUUACAGCUGCCACCAGCACUCCUGGGCACUGCCACCUCCUCUGCCGCCACCUCUCUUCCCGCCGGUGACGCUGGCUUCAAUGUUCACGGGGCCUACUGAUGUGCGUCUGACCCUGAGAGGACACUUCACUCCGAUGACCAAAUGCAAAGGCACUGCAAGCCCAACGAUGUCCCCGGAUGUCUCCUCGAUGCCUGGGACCCCAGGACAGAAGGGUGAUAAGGGCAACCGAGGCCUCCGUGGAAGCACAGGUCCCCCGGGACGAAUUGGAGCUCCAGGUGCUAGAGGCACAUCUGGACUACCAGGAUCCACUGGAGAAAAGGGUGAUAAAGGGUCAAGAGGCUGGGUGGGCUUAUCAGGCCCAAGAGGUCUACCAGGAAAGAGUGACCAUGGACCCAAGGGCGUUGAGGGGGAAGUUGGAGACCGCGGUGUGCUGGGACAGCAAGGCGAUAAGGGCUCUCCAGGACCUUUGGGACCAGAGGGCUUGAAGGGUGACCCAGGAGAAAAAGGCAACGUGGGCAGUGUGGAAGCCAAUGGACUGCGAGGCCACCCUGGCCUGAGAGGAUUCCAGGGACAGAAAGGUGAGCCAGGCAUUGCAGGGUCUCAUGGACCUGUGGGAUCAGCAGGUGACCACGGCACACAGGGACCCCCAGGACCUCCAGGAAAAGUGCACGUCGUCCCCGGGGAAAAAGGUGAGAAGGGCCGGGUUGGCACGAGUGAUCCUUGCCCCUGCCCCCUGGAGGGGGCAUCGUACCCACAUGCACGGAUUCCUGCGAUAUUUAUAGUCAAUAAUGAAGAGGAACUAUGGGCACUACCCAGGGGGAACAUGAUGGUCCUCAGAAAGGACACCCGCAUGCUCUACUUCUACGAGAAGACUGGCUGGGCGAUGGUACACGGUUGGAGGGGGAGCUGUGGAGAUGGAGUACGCCAAGCGGAGAUCGGCGAGCAGUGCGACGAUGGCAACAGGGAUGCCUCGGACAGCUGCAUUGAGUGUCGCAGAGCAUUUUGCGGAGAUGGCCAUCGUCACCAGGCAACCGAGCAGUGUGACCAGCAGGACUUAGGCCUGGAGACAUGCGCCACCUACCUCCCAGGUUCAUACGGUACACUGAAAUGCGACCGCUUCUGUCACAUUGACUCGACUGACUGCCGCUACUUCUGGGGCUAAUGGCUCGUGUGCCCCUUCUGUCCCUUCCAUUUGCACACGCCACAAUGCUGCAAAACAACUUGGACCACAAGGAGGCAUUCUGGCUCAGUUCCCACUCCAGACCUCUCAUGUCUACCGUGAAGAUGAACAGCAGGAUGCUGGGACAGAGACGAGGGUGACAUGGACAAGGCAGACUCAGCGGAGCCCAAAGACAUCAGCCGCCUUGAAGCAUGGAUGGCACUUAGAUGUGGUCAGCCUGCUGCUCUGAUUUGACUUCAUUAUUUCUUGGACUGUCCUCCCCACCACUACCACCAUCCUUAGGCCUCCAUCUUUACCUCACCCUCAUCCUAACGCCUGCACAGCUUGAUGGUGUGUGACCUCAGCAAGCGUCCCCUCGGCAGUGAGGUGACCCCAAAUGAUCACAAAAACAUAAUCACUGCUAGCAUGACGUUUCUAUUAUAGAGUGGCUUUAUUUGGCCAACUCGACAGAAGCAGUGGUUGGCCAAUUAGUGGAGCGACACUCCGGUGAUGAACUGCGAGCAGAGUUUGGACUAAUGAGUGGGUGUGGCUGGGGUGGUGGGAGGGGCCACACUGACACCUUGUAAAAUUCUCAAUCAUAUUUAAUAAAAGCUUUCAGCGACCCACAUGAACUCAGGGUGCCCUUUUUCUGCUCAUCCUUGGACAGCACUGGGCAGUAUGAACCAAGCGGUUACCAGGCCCAAAACAAUACUGGCAGACAUGUUGAC